AUGUCCAGCAAAGAUGUCCACGACACCGAAAAGGGCAUUGAGCCCGUCGGUCACGAGCCUGACGACCUACCACGCAAGCACUCUCUGGUAGGGCGAAAAUCGUCAAUGACCGAGUCAGUCAUUGCCGCAGAACUACUCGACACGCGAUAUGGGAUUACGCAGCGCGGUCUCAAGAGCAGACAUGCACAAAUGAUUGCGCUCGGUGGAACCAUUGGUACCGGUCUCUUUGUCGGAUCCGGCCAAACCCUUGCGGUGGGUGGCCCGGCAUUCAUCCUGGUCUCCUACCUCAUCAUGACCUUCCUCGUCUACUGCGUGGUGACCGCCAUGAUCGAAGUGGCCACCUACAUGCCUAUUCACGGAGGCACCAUGUCAUACUAUGGCUACCGCUACGUCUCUCGGUCGAUGGGCUUUGCUCUCGGCUAUCUGUACUGGUAUGCCUUAGGCAUCCUAGUCCCCUACGAAGUCACCGCGGCAGGCCUGGUUAUCGACUACUGGCACAACGACGUCAACAUAGCCGUCUGGAUAACCAUCAUGCUCGUCGUCAUCGUCGCGCUCAACUUCUUACCCGUCAGAUACUAUGGAGAGACUGAGUUCUGGUUCGCUGGCACCAAAGUCAUCCUGAUGGUUGGCCUGCUGAUUCUGGCGUUCAUCCUCUUCUGGGGAGGCGGACCCAGCCAUGACAGACUCGGCUUCAGAUAUUGGAAGGACCCAGGCGCGGCAUUUCCAUAUAUCGUCAAGGGCGACACCGGCCGCUUCGUGUCGUUUUGGGAGACUCUCGUCCUCUCUGUCUUUCCCUUCACUUUUGCACCCGAGCUUCUCGUGGUCACGGGCGGUGAGAUGGAAUCGCCCCGCCGCAACCUGCCGAUCGCGGCGAAGCGCUAUUUCUACCGCCUGGUCAUCUUCUACUGCCUCAGCGUCCUGGCCAUCGGCGUUAUCUGCCCGAGCAACGAUGAGCGCCUCACCAACGGCGGCGCUGGCGCAGGCUCAUCGCCCUUCGUCGUGGCCAUCGCCAACGCCGGAAUCCCUGUUCUCCCGUCAAUCGUCAACGCCGUCAUCCUCAUCUCCGCCUGGUCCUCGGGCAAUUCAUUUCUCUACAUCUCUUCCCGGGCGUUAUACAGCUUGGCCGUGCAAGGGUCAGCACCUCGAAUCUUCAAACGCUGCAACAAGUGGGGUGUUCCCUACAUGGCGGUAGCUUGCUCGGCCCUCUUUUCCGGCCUGGCGUACCUCAACGUCGCCUCGAGCGGGUCGAAAGUGUUCAACUGGUUCGUCAACCUUACCAACACUUGGGGCCUGACGUCAUGGGUUUGCUGUACAAUUAUUUUCUUCCGCUUUAGGAAGGCGUGCCGAGCGCAGGGUAUAGUGUCUCCUUACCGCAACUGGAUACAACCCUAUGGCGCGUGGAUAGCCUUGGUUAUGUUCACCCUGCUGUGUCUGAUCAACGGCUUCACCGUGUUCUUCCCAUCCAAGUGGUCCGCGUCGAGCUUCUUGACCGACUACAUCGGCAUCCCCAUCUUUUUCGUCAUGUACUUUGGCCACCGCAUCGUCUUCUGGCGCGACAAGUGGGCCUGGGACCCGGCCGAGGUCGACAUGAAGACCGGCCUGCAAGAAGUCAUCGACGCCGAGACGCCGAUCAAGGUGCGGAAGGGUUUUGUGGGCGCGCUGCUCAGGAUUGUCGAAUAG